GGAAAUUUUAUUUAGAGCAUGAUGAACCCAGCCGUUAGCAGGAAGGCGGCACAACAACGUCAGCGGCGCACCUACAGAGUGAGAAGAGAUAUUUUCGCUGAGUACGACGAUGCUGAGUUACUGAAAAGAUUCAGAUUGGACCGUGCUGGUAUUGUUGCAGUGACUGAUAUAGUGAGAGACAAGCUGCAAAGUAAAACUGAAAGAAAUAGAGCCUUGACCCCUGAGAUGGUGGCCAUCACAUUACGAUAUUUAGCCACAGGAAAAAUGCAACAGUGCAGUUGUGAUGAUUUUGGAACAACGCAGCCCACUAUCAGCCGUGCAAUAUCACAGACAAUUGAUGCACUGGCUGACCCAGAAGUAAUCUGCCAGUUCGUGGCUUUCCCUCACACCCAGCGUGAAGUGCAGCAAAAACAGGCAGAGUUCAUGCAAGUAACUCAGUUUCCCGGUGUUGUGGGAGUGAUUGAUGGUACUCAUAUAAGAAUUGUGUCUCCUCAUGUCGAUGAACAUGUAUAUGUGAACAGGAAACGCUAUCACAGCAUAAAUGUGCAAGUAGUAUUUGAUGCUCACUAUAAGAUUCUUGACAUUGUGGCAAGGUGGCCUGGCUCAGUCAACGAUGCAAGAAUACUAGAUAAGUCAGCACUCAAACUGAUGUUUGAGGAACAACAUGUACCUGCAGGAUGCUAUACCUUCCCGGGGACAGUGGCUAUCCCUGUAAGCAGUGGCUCCUCACUCCUUACCUUCGCCCUCAAACUGUUGCACAAGCUAAUUAUAACAGUUCCAGUACCUUACGAUGCAGCCGAGGGGACUGACGCCACCACCACCACUGCCACCACCGCCACAACAAGGGUUAUUCAAAUGGGGAACAUGCUUCAGGUGUUGCCCCAAGAUGCCUCAGCCCCGCAGCCCCACUUCCCCAUGAUAGUGCAGGCAGGGAAUGUCAUACAGGUUGUUCCAGCUGACAACACGCAGGUAUUAGGGGCAGAAGUCGUUGGAGUUGGUCGGGUCAUGCAAGUGGUCGGAGUCCCAGGCUUUCCCCCGACCCCAGCCCCAGACCCCUGCCCCAGCCACCCCUCUCCCUGUGACCCCUGCCCAGUCAUCCCUCACCCCCUCCUGCCCCCCUGCGGUGCUGCCAGCGGGGGUGAUGGGAGGUGGAGGUGGGCCACACACACCUGGGUUAGCUGUGGCUUGGCUUAUCUCCCUCCUCAGCAGCAAAUCCCGAGGAUCAACGAGGACAUGGUGGACCCAGAGAUUGCAGCAGCAGCGAGAGAGAGAGAGAGAAGCAAGAGAGGAGGGAGAGGAAGGAGAGGAGGAGGAGAGAGAGGGAGGCCAGGAGGGAGGCACGUCAGAGAGAGAGGGAGAGGAAGAGGUUGAUUCUGUUACAACAACAACUGCAACAACAACAACAGUUAGUCAGUGAGGAGGGGGAGGGGCCGUCCUCUGAUGCUGAGGAUGAGGUAUUGUUCAGGGAGGCCAUGUCGGAGGUGCCGGUGGUGGGGUCGCCAGUUCCGGAGUACGAGGUGGAGGAGGAAAAGGAAGAGGAGGACGAGGAGGAGGCACGGAUAAGGAAGAAGAAAAGAUUAUUACCUGUAGCCCUCCCUCCAGCUGAUAAGGGGAUAUUAAGGAGCCCUUCCUACAGGUUCGUUCGAUGCAAGGAGUUGGCACAGGAGGCGUCCGAGGCUGUGUAGAGCGGCCGUCUGAACCUGGUGCCACAGCUUACUAUGUUCAACAGAUGCCUGAAGGAAGUGUGUGUAAGGGAGGAUAAAGAGAUCAUGCUGGCCUAUGCAGACGAUGUCGCUGUCGUGACAGGAAGCCAACAAGAUCUUCAAGAGGCCAUGACAAGAUGGAAUGAUGUUUUAAAUAGGGAAGGAAUGAGAAUGAACAAACAAAAAACUUAUUUACUAGUGGACAAGCAACAAGUGAUGGUGUGGCUCUGAGCCACUGUAGUAGGGAUGUUAUGGUUUAAGUGUAGGAAGUUGCAAAUGCUCACCUAAUAAUUGCACCUUAGUAGAAAAACACAAACAGGAAGUUUAUGCAAGUUUUUAUCCUUAUAUAAAAUGUUGUAUUGCAUCAAACCUCCAUACAUUACUGUCUCUAUCCAGUAUGAGACCGGUGUUCAGGAAGCACAAGCAUGUGCUGAAUAACAAGAAGCCGGCAUUGGUGAAGGUGACAACAUUUCAUCUAUUUAUACAUACUUUUUAUUAUUAAAGCUUAUCUUAUAAUUAUUUCUGAAGAGAUUGACUAAUUUUUGUAGUAUUUAUGACUUAGAACUAUGAUAAAGCUAUGAAUUGAUAUAAUUCCUGAUUUGU